AUGGGAGGACGAAGGAAAAAUCCACAUCCGAAAAGAGCGGAAAAUGCGAGGACGGUUUUGAAGGAAGAGAAAGAAGAACCAAAGGUGUUGUGUUUGAAGAUUCCUCCUCCUGUUGUGGACGACGAUGAUGAUGAAGUCGUUGGGGAAGUCGAGAUACAAGAUGAGAUUAUACGAAAAGAAAUGACGACUGCGACGAAGAAAGCGGCGAAGAGAAAGAGAGGGCAACACGAGUGCGGUGUUUGCGGGAGAAUGUGUACUACACCAUCACUAUUGGCUACACACAUGCGUAUUCACACGAACGAGAAACCGUAUGAAUGCGAUGUGUGUGAGAAGCGUUUUAGUCGAGCUGAUAGUUUGAGAGACCACAUGCGUAUUCACACGAACGAGAAACCGUAUGAAUGUGAUGUUUGCGAUAAAGCUUUUCGUCAAUAUGGUCAUUUGCAAACCCACAUGCGUAUUCACACGAACGAGAGGCCGUACGAGUGUGAUGUGUGCGAGAAGCGUUUUCGUGAAUCUGGUACUUUGCAAAGCCACAUGCGCAUUCACACGAACGAAAAACCGUACGAGUGCGAUGUGUGCGAGAAGCGUUUUCGUCAAUCUAGUGAUUUGAGAAGCCACAUGCGUAUUCACACGAACGAGAAGCCGUACGAGUGUGAUGUGUGCGAUAAAGCUUUUCGUCAUUCUAAUGCUUUGAAAAUCCACAAGCGUAUUCACACGAACGAGAAGCCGUACGCAUGUGCCGUCUGCGAGAAGCGUUUUAGUCGAUCUGAAAGUUUGAAAAAGCACACACGUCGCUGGCACUAA